AUGGGUUCUGCCCCAAACCCAUCGAAGCCCCCAAGCUUGAGCCGGCAGCAUCUGAGCUACCUCCAGGAGAUUGGCACUGGCUGGUUCGGGAAGGUGAUCCUGGGGGAGCUGUUGGGGGAUGCCAGCCCAGCACAGGUGGUGGUGAAGGAGCUUCGAGCUGGUGCCGGAGCCCCUGAGCAGCGACGCUUCUUGGAUGAAGCUCAACCCUACCGGAGCCUCCAGCACCCCAACCUGCUGCAGUGCCUGGGGCUGUGUGGGGAGAGCGGGCCACUGCUACUGGUCAUGGAGUACUGCCAGCUGGGGGACCUGAAGCGGUACCUGCGGGCGCAGCGGGGGGCUGGGGGGGGGACGCCAGAGCUGCCCCCCCGCGACGUGGCCACGCUGCAGCGGUUGGCGCUCGAGGUGACCCUGGGGCUGCGGCACCUUCACCGCCACGGCUACGUCCACAGCGACCUGGCCCUCCGCAACUGCCUGCUGACCUCGGAGCUGACGGUGCGGCUGGGGGACUACGGGCUGGCCCACAGCAACUACCGGGAGGACUACUACGUGACCCCUGAGCGGCUGUGGGUCCCCCUGCGCUGGGUGGCCCCCGAGCUGCUGGCAGAGACCCAGGGGACCCUUGCGGUGGCAGAGCAGAGCAAAGAGAGCAACGUCUGGUCGCUGGGGGUGACGCUGUGGGAGCUGUUUGAGCUGGGGGUCCAGCCCUACCAGCACCUCUCGGACCAGGAGCUCCUCGGCCGCCUGAUGCGCCGACGUCCCCUGGCUCUUGGCCGCCCCCGGCUCCGCCUGCCCCACGCUGACAGCUGGUUCGGGGUGCUGCAGUCCUGCUGGCGCCCACCCCCCCAGCGCCCAUCGCUGGAAGAGCUGCACCGCCGGCUGAGCACCCUCCUGCGGGGUCCCCAGGGGGGGUCCCCGGCGCCACCCCCCCCCCCUCGCCCUCCCUCCGCCUUCCCCCUCCUCGACACCUUCCCUGGCCCCGAUCCCGAGGACGUCCUCACCGUCACCCAGAGCAGCCGGGGACGUCUGGCUUUCGAGUGUCUUUGGGAACGCGCCCGGGGGGGCCGCUCUGGUGGGGGACCCCCACCUCAAAACCGCCCCAGUACCUUGGGGACCCCCGGGGUGCUGCCGGUGUUGGGUGCCCGCAGCCCCUCGGGGACCAGCGAGUACUACAUCCGCCUGGAGGAACACGAAGGUGGGGGGGACACCGGUGAGGCCAUGGCCCCCCCCGCUGUCCCUAGCCGUCGGGGGGGGCUCAACCCCUUUCGCGGGGUGCAGGAGACAGCACUGAUGGGGGGAGCUGGGGAAGGGUGGGGGGAGCGCAGCUCGGCAGGGAGCACGGCUGGAAGUGGGGGGAGCAGCCCCCGGCGCCCCUUGGCUUGUCCCCUCUGCCGGGGCGACGAGGAGGGAGAGGAUGGGGACACCCCCCCACCCCCCUGUACCUGCGCCCUGGCCCGUGCCGAUGUGGUGCGCGGGUGGCGGGAGCGGGGGGCCCCCCUGCGCCCCCGCUGUGACAGCGCCGGGGACGACUCAUCCCUGCGGGCGGAGAGGGGGUCCCUGGUGGAGUGUCCCGCGGCCACUGAGGCCACUGAAGCCACCGAGACCGCUGGUCACCCCGGGCUUUGGGGGGCAGAGGGGCAGGGGGCAGCAGUGGGGCAAGACGAGGGGGCACUAGGGGCCACCGCUGGCACAAGGGACAUCCCCUUUGGCAUUGGAGAUGGCCCCGUGGGGCCAAGAAAGGUCUUUGUUGAUGCAAGAGAGGCCACCACUGACAAGAGAGGUGGCACCUGGUUCACAAGGGACAUCCCCUUUGGAACUACAGGUGGCCCCUCAGGGACAAGAGAGGCCACCAUUGAUGCAAGGGACAUCCCCUUUGGCAUUGGAGAUGGCCUUGUGGGGACAACAAAGGUCUUUGUUGAUGCAAGAGAGGCCACCAUUGACAAGAGAGGUGGCACCUGGGACACAAGGGACACCCCCUUUGGAAUUGGAUGUGGCCCCAUGGGGACAACAGAGGUCUUUGUUGACUCAAGAGAGGCCACUGUUGGCACAAGGGACGUCCCCUUUGGCACUGGAGAUGGCUCCAUGGGGCCAAGAGAGACCACCGCUGACCAGACAGGUGGCACCUGGGGCACAAGGGACAUCCCCUUUGGCAUCGGAGGUGGCCUCAUGGGGACAAGACAUGUCAUCGUUGACACAAGAGAGGCCACCGUUGAUGCAAGGGACGUCCCCUUUAGCACUGGAGAUGGCCCCGUGGGGCCAAGAGAGGCCACCAUUGACCAGAGAGGUGGCACCUGGGACACAAUCCCCUUCAGCACCCCAGAUGGUCCCGUGGGGACAAGGAAUGUCACCUUUGACACCAGAAACAGUGCCUGGGACACAAGGGACGUCCCCUCUGGCACCAGAGAUGCCCCCAUGGGGACAAGAAAGGCCACCGCUGAUGGGAGAGGUGGCACCUUCGGCAUCAGAGAGGUCCCCUUUGGCACUGGAGACGUCCCCGUGGGGACAAGAAACGUCUUUGAGAGGAGAGGGAUGUCCCCUUUGGCAGCAGAGACAUCCCCAUGGGCACAAGAGAUGGCACCUACACAAGAGAUGUUACCCAGGGAACAAGGGUCAUCCCCUUGGGCAUACGAAAUGUCACCUUUGGCACGAGAGACAGUGCCUGGGGGACACGGGACAUCCCCAGUGACACCAGAGGUGUCCCCAUGGACCCAAGAGAUGUCACCUACCCCACCAGAGAUGGCACCUGGGGCACAAGGGACAUCCCCUUUGUCACAAGAGAUGCUGCCUUCAUCACAAGGGACACCCCCUUGGACAGACAUGACAGUGCCAGGGGCACAAGGGACCUCCCCGUGGUCACAUUGGACAGAUGUGACAGCACCCGGUGCACCAGGGACAUCCCUGUGGAUACAAGGGAUGACGCCUGGGGCACCAGGGACAUCCCUGAGGGAGGAUUUUCCCCGGGGGGGUCCUUGGGGACCCCCACCAGGGUCUCCCUUCCCAGGCACCGGCAUCCUCGUGGCCGUGGCUGUGCCACCGCUGGCCGCACUGGCCGAGGGGCCCGAGGAGAAGGUGGCCCUGGUACCCGGGGUUCUCGGGGACCCCCCCACGGUCAUCCCCUGGCCAGGCGGGGACACCCAAGGUGGCGGCCCAAGGGGGGGCACAGGGAGGUGCCAAGGGACAUCCCCAAAGGGGUCUCCAGAGAUGUCCCCAAAGGGAUCCCCAGAGAGGUGCCAAGGGAUGUCCCCAGAGAUGUCCCCAAAGGGAUCCCCAGAGAUGUGCCAAGGGAUGUCCCCAGAGAUGUCCCCAAAGGGGUCCACAGCAGGGUCUCCAGAGAGGUGCCAAGAGAAGCCCCCAAAGAGAUGUCAAGAGACGUCCCUGUCAGGGUCCCCAGAGAGGUGCCAAGAGACAUCCCCAGGGAUGCCCCCCCCGAACUGCCCGAUGACAUCCUCAGGGCAGUGCCCAGAAGGGGACACAAAAAGAUGUCCCAGGAGGUCCCCAGAGAAGUGUCCCAAGAGGUCCCCAAAAGGGUCUCUGAGGAGAUGCCCAGAGAUGUCCCCAAAGGCGUCCUUGGAGAAGGUGCCCAAGGGGUCCCCAAGGAGGUGCUCAAAGUCCCCAACAGGGUCCCCAGCCCGGUCCCCAAAGGGGUCCCCGGGGAAGGGUCCACCCAGGUCUCCGAAGGCAUCCCCAAGGAGAUGUCAAGAGAGAGCCUCAAGGGGUUCCCCAAGGAGACUCCAAGAGAUGUCCCCAAAGAGAUGCCAAGAGAUGACCCCAAAGGCAGCCCCGAAGAGAUGCCAAGAGAUGUCCCCAAGGAGACGCCAAGAGAUGUCCUCAAGGGGUUCCCCAAGGAGACUCCAAGAGAUGUCCCCAAAGGCGUCCCCAAGGAGGUGUCAAGAGAUGAUGACCCCAAAGGCAUCCCCAAAGAAAUGCCAAGAGAUCUCUCCACAGGGUCCCCAGAGGAGAUCCCCAAGAGGGUCCCCAGCGAAACUUCCAGGGGGGCCAUCCCCAAAAGAACCUCCCAAGGUGUCCCCAGCCCCAAGGGUGUCGCCACCCUCGCCGGGACAGCGCCCAGGGGACAGCGGCUACGAGACAGAGACAUCCCCAUCACCCGCAGCAGGGGCCGGUGGCAGUGGCACCACCAAGGUGGCGGUGACCCCGGGGACACAGGUGUCCCAUCGCGGGCAGGGGGACAGGGACGGGGACGUCCCCGGGGCCACUGCCGAAGGGGGGUUCGUGGUGCAGGUGUGCCAGGAGCAACUGCAGGUCACCCUACGCGAGGACGUCACCCGAAAUCUGCUGGCACCCCGGGGACAGGACGAGCACCCCGAGGCCCUGGCGCAGGGGGGGGGCAGCAGAGGGCGGGUGGGGGACAACGGCCACGGCGGCGGCGCCACCGACGUCCCCGUCCCCACGCCCACCCCCAGCAGCGCCGACAUCCGAGCGAAGGCCUCCCGCCUCUCUCUCCCGCUGCCGCCCCUGGCCCUGAGGCCCUUCCCCCGGCGCGGCCCGCGAGCCCCGCGCUGGGAGGCGGCGGAGGCGCGGGGGCCGCCGGAGGAGGAGGAGGAGGAGGAGGAGGACGAGGAAGAGGAAGAAGAGGCCGAGGCCGAGGGAGCCGAGGCGGCGGGCGGGGGCGGCGCCGCGGAGCCGGCGGUGCCGGUGGUGGUGACCCGCUGGGACGGGCGCGGCCUCCGGGGCCUCCUCAAGUCGCCGAGGGCCGCGGCUGAAGCGGAAGCGGCGCUGGCGCGGAAGCGCAAGAUGGUGUCCUUCUUCGAUGACGUCACCAUCUACCUCUUUGACCAGGAGACGCCUACCAACGAGUUGAGCUGCCAGAGCGCCGCCGAGAGGGAGGGGGCGGAGCCCGACGCUUUCGCGCCGCCUGACGGAGUCGUAAAGCCCAGUAAGACCAUUAAGCACCACUGGCCCGGCCUGGGUGGCCGCGGGAACAAACGUGCAAGCAGCUGUGGGGCGUCGCACACGCGUGUGCACAGAGGCCUUCCUGGAGCUGCACGCGCACCCCGCCCCACACCCUUGCCUUGCACACACGUGUGCCCCCACCAUGCCACCCCACGCGCUCAUCCUGGUGACCCUUGGGGUGCUGCUGGGGGGGGUGGGGCCUGAGCCCCUCCCCCGCUUCAUCUGCACCCCGCUCCCCCCUGAAAUGGAGCCGGGCUGCUCCGCCGGCCCCUCACAUGAGGACUCGCACGAGGCGUCGCACGACGGUUUGCACGAGGGCCCCUACGAGGGGC